GUAUUGGGAGGUUGUUGUUUCCUGUUUUGUUUCUACCCCAAAAAUCUUUCCCAAUAGUUACAACGCUUCUCUCGAUCUCGUCUUUGAUUCAUGAUUUAACAAUUUGUUUAAGCUUUUGUAUUUGGAUUUUUAUUUUUACUACAUAUUCGUGCUUCUGUUUCCUUCUGGGCAUUUAAUGGCCAUCGUCAUUCGUACUUUGUAAUAAAUUUGCAAAAGUUGUUGAUUUUUCAACUUCGAAAUAUACCCUUUUGUUUCUGAUGUGACUGUUGUGUAAUAGCUGUGUCACCUGUGUGUAAUUAUAGUCUAUAGUUCAAUCAAAGUGAUCUUCUUCCUCUGUUUCAUAACGGUAUUGUUAUGUUAAUUCGUGCGGUAUUAUUAUCGGUUAAUGUUAAGAAAGUGACACAGUUUAAGGUCUCUGAGUAAUUGAGUUUAUGAAAUUUUCCACUAGAUAGACGAAAUUCUGCCCCUUGAGUGUAUUCAAUAGUCAAUAAUAUCAAAAGGGUAUUUUUCAUUUUGAACAUAUUUUACAGUUAAAGGGUAAGAGCAAAUUAUUGCUUUUGAUUGUGAACAUAAUUUACAGUAAUUUGAAGAUGUAUUGCAAUUUCAAGGAGCAUGCUGCUGAAUAUGUUAAGCAGGCAGUUCACGAGGAUGAUGCAGGGAACUAUAAGAAAGCAUUUACUCUUUAUAUGAAUGCAUUGGAAUACUUAAGGGCCCAUUUGAAGUAUGAGAAGCACCCUAAGAUCAAGGAGGCAAUAACUCAAAAAUUUGCUCAAUACUUGAGGAGGGCUGAGGAGAUUAGUGCCAUUCUCGAUGCGGGAGGUAGUGAAGCAAAUGUGAAUAGAGAUGCAGCAGCAGGUUCUGUGAGACCCAAGACAGAUACAAGUAAGGGAGGGCAGAAAGACAAGGAGGAUCCUGAAAUAGCAAAGCUGAAGGCUGGUCUUGAUUCUGUUAUAAUCAAGGAGAAGCCAAAUGUUAGAUGGAGUGAUAUUGCUGGCCUUGAGAGUGCCAAAAAAGCAUUACAAGAGGCUGUAAUAUUGCCUGUUAAGUUCCCACAGUUUUUCACUGGUAAGAGACAACCAUGGAGAGCGUUUCUGUUGUAUGGUCCACCAGGCACAGGGAAAUCAUACUUAGCAAAGGCAGUAGCAACAGAGGCAGACUCUACAUUCUUCAGUGUUUCAUCAUCGGAUCUUGUUUCUAAGUGGAUGGGUGAGAGUGAAAAGCUGGUUUCAAGUCUUUUCCAAAUGGCUCGUGAUAAUGCUCCUUCGAUUAUUUUUAUUGACGAAAUAGAUUCUUUAUGUGGUCAACGAGGUGAAGGCAAUGAAAGUGAAGCAUCUAGAAGGAUUAAAACUGAACUUUUAGUGCAAAUGCAGGGUGUGGGAAACAAUGAUCAGAAAGUUCUCAUUCUUGCAGCCACAAAUACUCCUUAUGCUCUGGAUCAGGCCAUUCGAAGACGCUUUGACAAACGCAUAUACAUUCCUCUACCAGACCUGAAGGCAAGGCAGCACAUAUUUAAGGUGCAUCUUGGAGAUACCCCUCAUAACCUAACUGAAAAAGAUUUUGAAGAAUUGGCACAAAAAACUGAUGGAUUUUCUGGUUCAGAUAUUGCUGUUUGUGUUAAGGAUGUACUAUUUGAACCUGUCCGUAAAACACACGCUGCUAAGUUCUUCAGGAAGACUUCUAAAGGAAUGUGGAUUCCUUGUGAACCUACUAGACGAGGAGCUGUUAAUAUUACCCUGCAGGAACUUGAUGCACAAGGCUUUGCUUCAAAGAUUCUUCCUCCACCCAUCACUAGAGUAGAUUUUGAUAAAGUAUUGGCGAAACAGAAGCCAACUGUAAGCAAGGCUGAUCUCAAGGUGCAUGAAAGAUUCACACAAGAAUUUGGAGAGGAGGGAUGACCGGUACUGUGAAAUGUACGUUUGUUAGUUUUUGUUACACACUAUGUACAAAUUGUUAAUAGUCUUGAUCCAAAAGAAUAAAGAAAGAUAAUAAUGUAAAUUUUUAUCAUGACAAACGGCCAACGUUAUUAAAUUUGGCCUAGUCAUCGACUCAGUUGGGUUGCUGGUCACUUGGUUGAACUAGAUGUAUACUUAUGUAAUAAAUGGAAUAGUAGAAAUAUUUUAAUUAACAUACAACCGAAAGUAGGUUGAUGUUGCUAGCAUUUUUCAAGGUCUGUUCAAUCCUCACAAAACUAGUACAAAU